UCUGACCCCAGGGAGUGAAUCCCCGGAGCGGACGCUGGAGUCUCCCCCUGGCGGCGGCGGAAGCGGUGGCGGAAUGUGCUCGCUCAAGAUGAAGAAGCAGCGCAAGGCGCGCACCGCCUUCACAGACCACCAGCUGCAGACCCUAGAGAAGAGCUUCGAGCGCCAAAAGUACCUGAGCGUGCAGGACCGAAUGGAGCUGGCCGCCAAGCUCAACCUCACCGACACGCAGGUCAAGACGUGGUAUCAGAACAGAAGGACGAAAUGGAAGCGACAGACGGCCGUGGGCCUCGAGCUGUUGGCUGAGGCCGGAAAUUACGCAGCCGUGCAGCGAAUGCUUCAGACGGCUCCGUACUGGCUGUCCAGCUACACGGGCCUAUCACCGCAGUCCUCGCUGAGCACCAUGGCCGCGCUGGACCUCUACUACCGGCAGGCCGCUCUACAGAAGCCCAUGGCGUACCGGCUUUACCCGGGCGCUCCACCUCCGGGAGUUGCUCCUCCUGGAGUUCCGGCCGGAGUCGCUCCACCACCGGGCGGCCAGGGUGCGCCUCCACCGCCGCCCCAUCACGCUCUUCCACCGGGUGCCUCGAGCAACGGACUGCCCGCGUCUGUCGUGCCACCUCAAAUGCCACCGCCGUGUACGUCUUCAACGGCCUCGCCGUGCUCGGUGGCCAGACCGUCGUCUCCCGCUGCCUCGUCUCAUCCUCCUCUUCCCACGACGUCGUCCUCCUCGUUGUCCUCGGCGUCCUCUUUCCGGCCCACGAGCAGGGAGUCCUGCUAG